UAGACUAUACAAUCUUUGUGCCAAUCUUUCAUGCAUCCUACUUUAGUAUUGAAAACAACAGUUAUCGACAUUCAAUACAUCCAUCAUGGCGUGGAGACAACAAGGAAGUACAGGAUCGAACAAUAUCCCCUUGGGAAACCGACGACGCUUUCCUGGUGAUGGCGGCGCUACUCAAGAGGAAGGCUACAGCCCAGCUCAAUCUUCCAACAAUCACCAUGAUUCGGGUAUCAAGCGUGGACGAAGCCCUACCGUGAAAAGUAAGUUUAUCCUACCUGCAAUUGCGCUCAAGCAGUCUUAACAUCUUGUAGCCGAAGAAGUUGGAGGCGAUGGAUCUCGACGUCGCAAGAAGAGAAAUCGUUGGGGUGAUGCUACCGAGAACAAGGCUGCCGGUCUUAUGGGACUUCCAACUGCAAUCAUGGCGAACAUGACCAGCGAACAACUCGAAGCUUAUACCUUACAUUUUCGGAUCGACGAAAUUACUCAAAAAUUGAGAAUCGAUGAUGUUGUUCCAGCGGAUGGCGACAGGUAAACAAGGACCUUUCCAUGAAUGCUCAACAAUAACUAAUUAAAUUUCUCACAGAUCACCUUCUCCUGCUCCCCAAUACGAUAACUUCGGUCGCCGUGUCAAUACUCGAGAAUACAGAUAUAGAAAGAGGCUCGAAGAUGAGAGACACAAGUUGAUUGAUAAGGCUAUGAAAGUCAUUCCUAACUAUCAUCCACCACAAGACUAUCGCCGUCCCACUAAGACUCAAGAGAAAGUCUAUGUGCCAGUCAAUGACUACCCAGAAAUUAACUUCAGUAUGAUUGCUAACCCUCUAACCUUUCUAAACUUGUACUCCAUCCCUUAUCCGUUUUCAUUUCUCGUGUGACAUUGGAUGCAGCAUUUGGGAGACAAAUGCAAAGCACCGUCAUCACUAACCUUCGUACUCACUACCAUUUUGCUCAAAGCUUUUGAUCCUAUACUAACACUUAGCUUGCGCUCUACUAAAGUUGGUUUACUUAUCGGUCCUCGUGGCAAUACAUUAAAGAAAAUGGAGACAGAAUCUCAAGCUAAAAUUGCUAUCCGUGGAAAAGGAUCCGUCAAGGAAGGAAAAGGUCGAUCCGAUGCAGCUCAUACUAGCAACCAGGAGGAGGACCUUCAUUGUUUGAUCAUGGCAGAUACAGAGGAAAAGGUCGAGAAGGCGAAAAAAUUAAUUCACAACAUCAUUGAAACGGUAAUUCUCCGCACUCCACUCUCCAUUAUCACAUACUAACACAUUAUAGGCCGCUUCUAUCCCUGAAGGUCAAAAUGAGCUAAAGCGUAACCAACUUCGUGAACUCGCUGCUCUUAACGGUACGCUUCGUGAUGAUGAGAACCAGGCUUGUCAAAACUGUGGUGAAAUCGGCCACAGAAAAUACGAUUGCCCACAACAACGCAACUUCACUGCAAACAUCAUUUGUCGCGUUUGUGGUAAUGCUGGACACAUGGCUAGAGAUUGUCCAGAUAGACCUCGUGGUGCAAAUUGGCGCAACGAUGGUCCUCCAGGCGCAAAUGCUGUUCCAGGUCAAGGCCGUAUUGGUGCUGGCGAUGCUGUUGAUCGGGAAUAUGAGGUAAUAAAAAUUUCUAGUCGAUUUUCAAAAAUUAGUACUAAAAAGUUAUCUAGCAACUCAUGCAAGAGCUUUCGGGUGGUGCUCCGGCUACUACAGAUGCUCCUCGGCGUAUUGAGUCUGGCCCCUCGGGUUACGAUCAAGGGCCUCCGAAAGAUCAAGAAGAUGUCAAACCAUGGCAACGAGGCCCAUCGAAUGCUCCUGCCCCAUGGCAAAAAGGGAAUGAUGCUCGCGAUACUCGCGAUACUCGUGAUUCUCGUGAUGGCCGUGAUUCUGGCCCUGCCCCUUGGGCUAGACGAGGAGGUGAUGAUAGAGACAGAGGAAGCUAUCAAAAUGGAUAUAAUGCUGCACCAUCCGCUCCCUGGGCAAAGCAAUCACAACCACCAUCUAUCCCAACUGGUCCAUCUGCCUAUCCGGCUCAAAAUGCUUUUGCCCCUGGGUAUGGUAGCUAUCCUACUCAGCAGCCUCCAAUGGGAGCACCUCCAGGUCUUAAUAUCAAUGCUCUUCUUCAACAAUAUGGCAACUCUUCACUUCCUCCCCCACCUCCUUUGGAUAGCCAACCACCCCCACCUCCUCCGACUCAUCAGCCUCCACCUCCGCCAACUCACCAACCUCCGCCGCCUCCUCCAGGAAACUAAACUUGUCUUUUCCAGCUAAUCAAUAAGAAAUGCCGGUCUUAAAUAUUUUCUUAGUUGCCAGCAUGCAACACUAAGAAACCAAAACGCCCAUUUUGAAACCUAUUCAGAAAGGAUACUAACUUAGAAAUUAUCCACCAAUACAAUGUUUCUUUGUAUCUCGAGGACGAUGUUUCUUGUUGGACUGACCUUUCACGAGUUUGCUUACUCUAGUUUUUUUUUCUUGAUUAGUGCCCUGCUGGUGGUGUAAAUAUAGGAAAAUAACAAAUUCUCUUUGAUACUUAUAAGCAGUGUAUAUGAUACAACUUCUAUGUAGCCGUGUC